AUGACAGUGUCUGCGCUCGCAGACAUCAUCCGGCAGCAGGCGGAUAUCCUAGAGACCAGUCUGCCGCCGCAUGCUUAUGCCGAUGAACACGGCGAUCCAAGCCUCGCCGUCGCGAGGUCGAAGCUCCUCGAGGCUUGUGAUAAGCUGAACCAUCUCGUUACCGGCCCCAUUGAAUGGUCAGGCCACCGGGUGCACGCCGCACUGCAGUAUGCCUGCCACUUCCGGCUCGCUUCGUACGUGCCCGAGGACGGCACACCGAUCACGUACGACGAUCUGGCGCAGCGUGCCGGCGUCGAGACGUCGCAGUGCGCGCGCGUGCUGCAGCUGCUCAUGACAUACCAUAUCUUCCGCGAGCCGGGCACGCGCAUCGUGGCGCACAACCGCAACUCGCGCGUCUUACUGGACGAGGAUACCGGCAUGGCCGUCGAGUGGCUGACGCAAGACUCGCUGCGCUCGAGCGCCUUCUUCACCGAGACCAGGGCUGCCCCGCGGAAGUGGUCUGGCAGCCGUCGCAGUAGUAGCGGCGAUGGCCAGGACGAGACGAGUCGGAUCGCGCCGCUAGGCCCGACAUACGCUGUAGAUCGACAUAUUGCUUCCGGCUCUCCACGGACGGCGGCCGAAGUGACGUCGACGAGUGGGGAUAGAUAUGCGCGCGCCAUGGCUGGCAUGGCAAAGCGGCGACAGCUCAGCGUCGAACAUCUGGUACAUGGCUUCGACUGGGCAAGCCUGCCCAAUGGCGCAACGAUCGUUGAUGUGGGCGGCGGCAACGGGCAUUACUCCAAGGCCAUCGCCGAGGUCAACCCUGGCCUCAACUUCGUUGUACAGAACCUGAACACGACAGCAGAGGAGGUUACAAAGAAAGAGGGGGUGGCUAAUCUCGGUGGCCGCCUGAGAUUCGUGGAGUACGACUUCUUCACGCCGCAACCCAUCACGCAUGGAGAUGUCUAUCUGCUUCGGCGGAUUUUACACCUGCACUCCGACGGGGAUGCAGUGGACAUCCUACGGUCUCAGCUCUCUGGUAUUCGGAAACCUGGGGCCAGAAUCGUUGUGAUGGAUAAUAUUGCGGUCAGCAGCGGCACAUUGAGCACUCUCGAGGAGCGCCAAACGAGGACGUUGGACAUUGCGAUGAUGGCGCUCUUCAAUAGCGUCGAGCGGGAUGUAGACAGUUGGCGAGCACUGUUCAAGGCGGCAGACCCCAAGCUCAAACUUGUCAACGUGAUUAAGCCACUCGGGAGCGCUUUGGCGGUGAUGGAAGUCUGCAUCGAGUAG